ACCACGGGCCACUUCUACAUUUAUAUAUGUCGCUCUAUGUUCUCAUGCAAAAAUCAAACCCUAUCAAUAACCUGCAAUGAUAUACAUCACAAAUUUCCUCAAAAGCCAAUCCAGUCCUGGAAAACCAAAACAACAAAAAGAAACUCUACCUAAAGAAAGUGAUGAUGAGUUUCUUUCUUCUCUUCCCAAAGAAAAAGGAUGGAGAACACCUAGUCUGUUCCUCUUUCAGGGCUUUUGGUGUCAGCCCAAAGAAAUCCGAUCCAUAAUUUCGACGCAGAAACACUUUAUAGCUCAAGAUAGUGACCUGAUCCUGGCUACGAUACCAAAAUCAGGCACCACUUGGCUAAAAGCACUCAUGUUCGCCAUUGUAAACCGAAACAAGUUCAGUGUUCAGCACAACAACAACCAUAUUCAGCAUCCUUUGCUCACUCACAAUCCUCAUGAGCUUGUACCCUUCCUGGAGUACAAGCUCUACGCGGACUCUAACAGCCUCCCUGAUCUCACCAUGCUCCCUUCUCCGAGGCUUGUCGCGACUCAUGUCCCUUUCGGGGCAUUACCUGAUUCAUCUAAGACAUCAAGAUGCAAAAUCGUGUACAUCUGCAGGAACCCUUUUGAUACUUUUGUAUCAAUUUGGCACUACCUUGGAAAAAUCAGGCCUGAAUCUUUAGGCCCUCUUCCUUUAGAGGAAGCGUUCGACUUGUACUGUAGGGGAAUUAUAGGUUUUGGUCCUUACUGGGACCAUAUGUUGGGGUACUGGAAAGAAAGCAUUGAAAAACCUAACAAGGUCUUGUUCUUGAAAUAUGAAGACAUGAAAGUAGAUGCAUGUAACCAGUUGAAGAAAUUAGGUGAGUUUUUGGGGUUUCCUUUUACUGAAGAGGAGGAAAAGGGAGGAAUAAUUGAAGAUAUCUCAAGUCUUUGCAGUUUCAAGAACAUGAAGGAGUUAGAGGUGAAUAAGAAGGGGAAAGGAGCAAUUUCAGAUUAUGAAAACAAAGAUUUGUUUAGGAAAGGUGAGACUGGAGAUUGGGUGAAUUAUCUUACACCUUCCAUGUUUGAGAGGCUUUCCAAUGUGAUGGAAGAGAAAUUAGGAGGCUCAGGGCUUACCUUCACACUGUGUUGAGUACUCUAGAAAGCAAGGGUUCGGUGUGUGUGUGAGAUAAUAAUGAUUUCAGAAUAAAAUUUGAGAUAACGUUAUCUCAUGUUUUAGUUUCAGGCAUUAGUUAAUUUUAAAAUUAUUUUAUUUCAUCAUUUGCACUAUUCUCAUAUUGAAGGUGAGAUAAAUUAAUCUCAAGGAAUACCUUUGUUUAUUCA